AUGCACUUCAUGAUUCAGAAUAUUGAGAAGACAGCUCUACUCUCUGAGCAUGUCAAUCUGCUUACUGCUGAGAUGGAACCUGAGACAGCAGAUCAGAAAAUGCAGGAUUUUGAGAUACAGAUUGACCUGGCUGAGAGGAAGCAGCAGAAACCCUUCUCUGAGAAGACAGUGAAGAGAGAUUUUGAGAUGAUUAUUAUCUCAGAUGAGAAGAAGGAGAAGAAGAAGAAGAAGAAGAAGAAGAAGAAUGAGAA